AUGAACGGACUUCCCGUCAACGUCUUGUCCGAGGUGCUGCAACACGCGCUCGGCCCCGACGCACCGGAACCUCAGCUCAGCUUGCUCACCGUCAAUUCAAACUUCUACCUCGCGGGAAUACCCCAUCUCUAUCACUCCCCUACCAUCAAGUCAAAUCUCACCUCCUUCUUCCUCUACUCCACCAGCGACAAUCCCACACCGGUCAAUGGCCUCUCCAGCGCAGCUCUUAUCCGGGCGGGCCACACCAAGCUCGUCGCGCUCCGGUAUGUGCGCAAACUGCACCUGCUCCUAGCAGACUACGUUGCGGAUAACGAUGUCGACGCGGAAAUGACGGCUGCGGAGAAAGCGAAAAAGGCGGCGGACAUGUGCACUGAGGUCGCGGAUGACCUUGAGGCGGCCUGUGAAUAUGUGGAGGGGCUCCGUCGAGGAGCUCUUCCCAUGUUACACACUGUUCGGAUCUCAGACAGCGAUGUUCUGAGAUUACGCUCGUCUUCGGUCAGCCUGUCCACCCCUGAGGCGUCUCGGAAAACGAGGGCAUUGUGGUAUACAGAGCGAGCUCUCCUCUGCAAGGCCUCUCCCACGGUCUGGUGCCAAGGCUUUGGCACCUCACCCGGACUCGACCCGUUCCCGGGAAGUCAGGCGGACCCAAAGGUCUAUACGUCGCCCGAACCGGCCGGACCCGCGGACAUGGUCUCUCCCCCUCCGCUCCAACAAGGCAGGACCACUUGCUAUAUGCAUCUUACUCUCGAAGACGACCCCUACAUCAUUCCGGGAGGCGAUACCUACAUCUACAUCCAACCCGAAACAAGGGACAAACUCUGGAUUUCACCACUCGGAGACUACAAGGGGCUGCCAGACAUCUGCGGGGACUGGCUAGGCUGGGCCAUCCGGGGCUCCCUGCUAGUCCAUACUCCGUCGAGGGAUCUAAAGCUUCUCGCACAAGUCGCACCUAUCACGCGCGUAAUCAUCGGAGGGCUCGAGACAACUACCGACCAGCCAAUCGAGGGGACCAUCGACAUGCGGCCUGCGAGCGAGAUCGUUCGGAUGGCGAGGAACGCAGCUGUCACAGGACAAAGCAUCGGCGGAGAUCAGGUACUGGUGUCGUGCAGAGAGGUGCAGAUCGAGCUGCGGACCAUAGCCCAGAUGCCUCUCUGUCCAGGUUGCGGAAUUAUCUCGCGAUAG